AUCCCUAAUUCAAAGGAAGAUAGAGAAACACUCCUUAAUUAACUGAUCUUAUGUACAAGUUAAGAGAUUAGGGAAAUUAUGGGAACAUAUAGAUCAGAGGAAGAUUAUGAUUACUUGUUCAAGGUGGUGUUAAUAGGGGAUUCUGGUGUGGGUAAAUCGAAUUUGCUAUCGCGAUUUACCAAAAACGAAUUCAGCCAACAAUCUAAGUCGACUAUUGGCGUUGAAUUCGCCACCAGAACCAUUCAUGUUGAUGACAAGAUUGUCAAAGCCCAGAUUUGGGACACUGCUGGCCAAGAAAGGUACCGGGCUAUCACAAGUGCUUAUUAUAGAGGAGCAGUUGGUGCCUUACUUGUUUACGAUAUUACUCGCCAUGUAACAUUUGAGAACGUUGCGAGAUGGCUCAAGGAGCUCAGAGAUCAUACAGACCAGAACAUUGUCGUCAUGCUGGUCGGGAACAAGGCAGAUCUCCGCCACCUGCGUGCUGUUCCCACUGACGACUCAAAGGGAUUUGCAGAAAGAGAGAAUACCUUCUUCAUGGAAACCUCUGCUCUUGAGGCGCUGAAUGUUGAAAACGCUUUCACAGAAGUGUUGACUCAGAUUUACCGGGUGGUUAGCAAGAAAGCUCUUGAUGCAGGAGAUGAUCCAGCAUCUUUGCCUGCAGGACAAACGAUCCACAUUGGAAAUGAUGUAUCUGCUGUUAAGAAGGGCGGUUGUUGUUCCGGUUGAGCAAGGAUCAACCACUCACUACUACAUUUCUCAGAAUGCAGAUAUAUGAACUGCAGAAAAAUGCAGGAAUGCUGAGAAUUUCAGGUUUCCUGUACAAAAAUUGUAUAGCACUCCCCACUCUACGACUGUAAUUUAGCGGAAAGAAAAAUUUGAGGAACCGAGGUGGGGAAAUGGGGGAUGGAAGUAAAAUUUUGCUUAAGAACCAUUUGUUGUCUUUUCACAAGUGUACAAUGGCAUUAAGAACAUUUCAGCUGUGAAAAUGGUAAGGUAACUUAUCCACGCUACACAGAACGUCAACUGACAACAACUCAAAACUACAGUAUUAUUGAUAUGCACAUCUACUGUACAGGAAAUAAGUAUCAAAACUCUUAACAAAAACCACUCAGGAUACUAUUGUUUUUCAUGUUGCAUUGUUGCACUCAUUGCAGGAAACAAACGGUCGAGGAAAAAAAGCACACUUGACUUGCCUAGACUCUCAGCGGGCACCAGCAGAUUUUGGUCUUGGUACACAUCCUAUUACAAUUUUGGUGUUUCUUUUUCAAGGAAGCAGAUGCACUGAAUUUGCCCAGGAAUUAGUUGUUAGCAGUGAAUGCACUUCCAUCCACAUAGAGCUUGCAGCAAGUGAAUUUUAAGAAGCCCGUAGGGCAGAGGUUGGAGGGGAGGGAGAGACUUCAGCUAUUCAUGAGUAACUUGUUUCAUUGAGUAAAGAGAGUCUGUGCCAUCCAAAAGACAAACAUACUCAGAAACAAGAACUAAUUU